AUGAAUUUUUCAUCCAUCAAUGGCGCUCUUACUGCACCUGGGAGCAAGCGGAGCACCUUCACCGCAGCUGUCGUCAAGAACCUGAUUGUCACGGCCCUCUGCUUCUGCAUCAACUACAUCAAUGGUACUCUGGUCCACACCUUCAGAAAGCACCAGAUCUUCAGUUCCAGCCCUCGCUACAUUCUGUUCAUCCACCUGGUGAUAAAUGACAUGAUGCAGCUGGCGCUGUCCACCCUUCUCCACGUCAUCAGCUACGCCCUGCAUAGAAUCAACGUGCCCUUCUGCCUCAUCCUGCUGAUCUUCACCGUCACCACCACCCUCAACACCCCGCUAAACCUGGCCGGCAUGGCAGUCGAGUGCUACAUCGCCGUCUGCGUCUCCCUCCGUCACCGCCAGAUCUGUACCGUCAAGAAAACCUACGUCCUGAUCGGCUUGAUCUGGGUGGUGGGCGCACUUUCCAUCCUACCAGACCUCUUCAUCCUCCUGGCCACAGAGCCCCUGCAGUUCUUUCAUUCCCGGGUGUUAUGUGCCAGGGACUACGUGUUCAGGAGCGCCUACAGCCUGAAGAAGAGGGACGCGUCGCACAUCGUCUGCCUCGCCUUGGUUUGGCUCACGCUCUUUUACACUUACUUCAGGAUUCUGUUUGCAGCCAAGGGAGCAACAGCGGACUUUAAAAAAGCCAGGAACACUAUUCUCCUCCAUGGUUUUCAGCUGCUGUUGUGCAUGCUUACCUACGUGAGACCCAUGUUCGAACAAGGUCUCCUCUACGUGAUGCCCAAACAGCACUUGGCCAUACGCUUUGCCACCUAUGUCAUUGUCCAGAUCCUGCCGCGGCUCGUUAGUCCCAUUGUCUACGGACUGCGAGACCCGACUUUCAGGAGAUAUGUGAGAAGGUACCUGCUGUGUAAAGUGGGCACGAGCAGCCACCCAGAAAACGGCGACAUAAUGCCCACUGCGAAACCGCAGCCACAGUUUUCUCAGUGUCCAGCCACAUUCUGA